GUGGAGUUUCCCCAACCCUGAGAGGUGGGGGAAGAGGACGAGGAGGAGGGCGGUCGUCCCGGGUUAGGUUGAGGCGGGGGUGUCGGUCCGUUCAGGGCGGGGGAUGACUCACAGCCCAUCCCAUCUCCCCGACGCCGCCCGCCCGCGCAGAACUAGUUCCAUGGCAUAGCGGGGAGGAGGCGGUGGCGACCGGGGGGUGGGUGGGAGGGGACUCUUAUUUUGUUAGGGGGACCGGGCCGAGGCCCGACCGGCCUGGCAGGGCUCGCCCGGGGCCGGGCGUCAUGUCUCAUGCGGCCGAGCCAGCUCGGAACGGCGUAGAGGCCAGCGUGGAGGGCCCUCGAGCCGUGUUCGUGCUGUUGGAGGAGCGCAGGCCGGCCGACUCGGCCCAGCUGCUCAGCCUGAACUCUUUGCUUCCGGAAUCUGGGAUUGUUGCUGAUAUCGAAUUAGAAAACGUCCUUGAUCCUGACAGCUUCUACGAGCUCAAAAGUCAACCCUUACCCCUACACUCAAGCCUCCCAAUAUCACUGCAGGCCACACCAACCACCCCAGCUACACUCUCUGCAUCGUCUUCUGCAGGGGGCUCCAGGACCCCUGCCAUGUCGUCAUCUUCUUCAUCGAGGGUCUUGCUGCGGCAGCAGCUCAUGCGGGCCCAGGCGCAGGAGCAGGAGAGGCGUGAGCGUCGGGAACAGGCUGCAGCGGCUUCCUUCCCCAGUCCUGCACCUGCCUCUCCUGCCAUCUCUGUAGUUGGUGUCUCUGCUGGGGGCCACACAUUGGGCCGCCCACCGCCUGCUCAGGUGCCCAGGGAGGUGCUAAAGGUGCAGACUCACCUGGAGAACCCAACACGCUACCACUUACAGCAGGCACGCCGGCAGCAGGUGAAACAAUACCUAUCUACCACACUUGGGCCUAAGCUGGCUUCUCAGGCCCUCACCCCACCGCCAGGGCAGGCGAGUGUACAGCCGCUGCCUGCCCCUGAGGCUGCCCAUGCUACCGGCCCCACAGGGAGUGCUCCCAACAGCCCCAUGGCACUGCUCACCAUCGGGUCCAGUUCAGAGAAGGAGAUUGAUGAUGUCAUUGAUGAGAUCAUCAGCCUGGAGUCCAGUUACAAUGAUGAGAUGCUCAGCUAUCUGCCCGGAGGCACUGCAGGGCUACAGCUCCCCAGCACACUCCCUGUAUCAGGAAAUCUGCUUGAUGUGUACAGUAGUCAGGGCGUGGCCACACCAGCCAUCACCGUCAGUAACUCCUGCCCAGCUGAGCUGCCCAACAUCAAACGAGAGAUCUCUGAGACCGAGGCAAAGGCUCUUUUGAAGGAACGACAGAAGAAAGACAAUCACAACCUGAUUGAGCGUCGCAGGCGAUUCAACAUUAACGAUCGGAUCAAGGAGCUGGGCACUCUCAUCCCCAAGUCCAGUGACCCGGAGAUGCGCUGGAACAAAGGCACCAUCCUGAAGGCCUCUGUGGAUUAUAUUCGCAAGUUGCAGAAGGAGCAACAGCGCUCCAAAGACCUGGAGAGCCGGCAGCGAUCCCUGGAGCAGGCCAACCGCAGCCUGCAGCUCCGAAUUCAGGAGCUAGAACUGCAGGCCCAGAUUCAUGGUCUGCCGGUACCUCCCAGCCCAGGGCUUCUCUCCCUGGCCACGACUUCAGCCUCUGACAGCCUCAAGCCAGAGCAGCUGGACGUUGAAGAAGAGGGCAGGCCGGGGACAGCAACGUUUCAUGUAGCAGGGGGACCUGCCCAGAAUGCUCCCCAUCAGCAGCCCCCAGCGCCACCCUCAGAUGCCCUUCUGGACCUGCACUUUCCCAGCGACCACCUGGGGGAUCUAGGGGACCCCUUCCACCUGGGGCUGGAGGACAUUCUGAUGGAGGAGGAGGAGGGGGCGGUGGGAGGACUGUCGGGGGGUGCCCUAUCUCCUCUACGGGCUGCCUCCGACCCCCUGCUCUCUUCAGUAUCCCCGGCUGUCUCCAAGGCUAGCAGCCGCCGCAGCAGCUUCAGCAUGGAGGAGGAGUCCUGAUCAGGCCUCACCCCUCCCCUGGGGCUUCCCCACCCAGGAAAGGAGGACAAGUCAGGAUGAGGACCUGCCUUUUCCCCCACCUUCCCUUGAGACUGCCCUGCCCUGGUAUUCUGGGGGAAGAGGAGAUGUAAUCAGGCCCCACCCAGUAAUCAUGCAAGGAGGAGGAGUCAGAUGAGGCCCUGCCACUUCCCCAAAGGAACAGCCCAGUGCAGGUAUUUCAGAGGGAGAAGGCUGCAGGUGUUAAGAUCAGGGCCUGUCCCCUGGGGAUCACAGCCUCAGCCCUUCCCCUGUGGGACCCAUCCUUGCCUAGGUGAGGGAAGGAGACUGGAUGGGGUCCCAUCCCUGUCCCCUAGGGACUGUCCUAGCCAGGUCUCCUAGGAAAAGGAGAUACCGGGAUAGUGCUCCAUCCCUUUUCUUGGAACCACCACUCUGGUCCAUCCUGGCAUAGAAGAGGAAUCAAAUGAUAGAGAUUCUAGCCUUGGGGGUUUAAGCCCUGCCCCUUCCCCAUGAGCCCUGCUGUGCCCAGGCCAGGAAUGGAAGUGAGGAUGAGACCUGGCCCCUUCUCCUGGGAACUCAAUUCUGGCCUUCUAGGAAUGGAGAAGCCAGGCCCCGCCCCAGAAGGGGUGGGAAUGGGCAGGGAGGACAGCCUAGCACAGGUAUUUCAGGUGUGGAGGAGUCAGUAGGACCAGUCCACUCCAUGUGGAGAUCACAGCCCUGCCCUUGUUUGUCCCUUAGCAAUAUCCCAUCCAAGCAUUCCAUACUGCAGGGAGGAGUGGUGCUUAAGCUCCCCCACCUUAGCCUGGGAUCAACCUGAUCAAACCUUACUAGGGCUCUGAGACAACCUUGCUCUUGGAGAAGGUGGUAGACCUUAAAAUCUUAUUGAUUGACCUUUCCAGACCUAGAUCUGGAGUGAGAGUUGGGCCCCCAUCCCUGGGCAGUCUUGCCUUCUUCCUUGAGGGGCAGUUUGGGGAAGUGAUGGGGAUCAGAGAGCACUGAGUCCAGGUUCCCAGUAUUGUUUUUCAACAUGUAAAGGAACAAGAUGAAGGAAGGGGCCAUUCCUGGGAGUUCCUCAGCCCAGGAAAAAGUGGAAGCCUCUCCCACCAAGGCAGAGGUUUGGAGGAGGGUUGCAAAAGCAUAUGGUACCCUCUUGUUUGUUUAUCUGGUUUUUUUUAUUGACCUCCCUACUCAGAAGCUAGGUCACCCCCAACCUCUGGCCCCCACCCAGUUCUCCAUUUGGAGGUAUCUCCCCAUUUCAGAGUUAUCAAGAGACACUCCCUGCCCAUUCCCAGCCCUUCUACCACCUACACCCAAGGUUGUCAGCUUUGGAUUGCUGGGGCCAGGCCCCAAGUAGGGUGUACUGAGGGGUCUGUAGGUUUGUGAUUAAAAUAAUAAACGCUAGGCGUGUUUGGUGCGCUUUUAACUUUGGCA